ACAGCCGUGGGCCUGACGGCGAGAUUUCACCAGGAGAGACAGUGUGCUACCGGCUUUUAGCAGUUAAUUCAACCGCCGUGCUAAAUAGAACCCAUUAAGAAAGAAGGGUUAAGUUUUGAUCAAUUUUCACAUACAGCUGCAAGUAUCAGUUUUCAACUUUCAUCUUUACGCAUAAUCAACAGUAACGCUUUUUGAAUUGAGGAUAUUUUGCUACACUUCGUGUUCAAAUUUUAUUUUUGCCAUCUCUUUUUUACGUGUGAUUUUUAUAAACGUCGUUUUUGUCUCUUUGUUAUCUUUUAUUAAAUCUGAGACAUGUCAGUGGUUGGUAUCGAUUUAGGAUUUCAGAACUGCUAUGUCGCGGUUGCCCGGGCUGGAGGAAUCGAGACGGUGGCCAACGAGUACAGCGACCGCUGCACGCCGGCUUGUGUAUCCUUUGGCCCAAGGAAUCGGAGUGUUGGAGCUGCAGCUAAAACCCAGGCAAUCACAAAUUGUAAAAACACUGUAAUUGGAUUUAAACAGUUCCACGGGCGUGCAUAUUCUGACCCAUUCAUUCAGUUGUCAAAGGAGCAUCUGAGUUAUGAACUUGUCCAAAUGCCUACGGGUGCAACUGGCAUCAAGGUUAUGUAUAUGGAAGAAGAGAAAGUAUUCAGUGCAGAACAAAUUUCAGGAAUGCUCUUGACAAAAUUAAAAGAAACUGCUGAAAAUGCACUGAAGAAACCAGUUGCAGACUGUGUCAUAGCUGUACCAUGUUUUUAUACAGAUGCUGAGAGAAGAUCUGUGAUUGAUGCAGCUCAAAUUGCAGGUCUCAAUUGUCUACGUCUUAUGAAUGAAACUACGGCAGUUGCACUUUCCUAUGGGAUUUACAAGCAAGAUCUUCCUACUCCUGAGGAAAAGCCAAGAAAUGUAGUAUUUAUUGAUUUGGGACAUUCGGCUUACCAGGUCUCAGUAUGUGCCUUUAACAAAGGAAAGCUAAAGGUUCUUGCCACUGCAUUUGACCCAUAUUUGGGUGGAAAAGAUUUUGAUAAAAUGAUAGUCAAUUACUUCUGUGAAGAAUUUGCAAAAAAAUAUAAAUUAGAUGUGAAAUCGAAGAUUCGAGCUUUACUUCGCCUUUACCAGGAGUGUGAGAAACUAAAGAAGUUAAUGAGUGCCAAUUCUUCAGACUUGCCAAUGAACAUUGAAUGUUUCAUGAAUGAUAUUGAUGUUUCUGGAACAAUGAACAGAACUCAUUUUGAGGAGAUGUGCUCAGACCUUUUGGCUCGAAUUGAACCACCACUCCGCAGCAUUUUGGAGCAAGCCAGACUAAAGAAGGAAGACAUUUAUGCAGUUGAAAUUGUAGGCGGUGCUGCUAGAAUCCCUGCUGUCAAAGAAAAGAUAAGCAAAUUCUUUGGGAAGGAAUGCAGCACAACACUAAAUGCAGAUGAGGCAGUAGCUCGAGGUUGUGCCCUUCAGUGUGCAAUCCUGUCCCCUGCAUUUAAAGUUAGGGAGUUUUCCAUUACUGACUUGGUUCCUUAUUCAAUUUCUCUGAAGUGGAAUUCUGCAGCAGAGGAAGGCUUGGGCAAUUGUGAAGUGUUUCCCAAGAAUCAUGCCGCUCCUUUCUCUAAAGUGCUCACUUUUUACCGAAAGGACCCAUUUUCCCUGGAAGCAUAUUAUACUUGCCCUAAAGAUCUCCAGUAUCCUGAUCCGAUAAUUGGUGAGUUCAUGAUUCAAAAAGUGAUUCCUCAGGCCAGUGGUGAGAGUUCAAAGGUUAAAGUAAAAGUUCGUGUGAACAUACAUGGAAUUUUCAGUGUGUCCAGUGCAUCACUUGUAGAAGUGCUAAAAUCUGAAGAAAAUGAAGAGCCAAUGGAUACAGAACAGUCUUCUAAGGAUGAGGAGAAUAAAAUGCAAGUAGAUCAGGAGGAUCAAAAGUCACCAGGUGAAAAUGAACAGAAGGAAACUUCAGAGAAAAAGAGUGAUUUAGAAGAUAUGGAAACAUCCCCUGAAGAUGUAAAGCAGGAAAAAAAGAAUGAUCACCCACCUCAAGCUAAGAAAGCAAAGGUUAAAACCAAGACUGUGGACCUACCCAUUGAGCAAAGCUUACAUUGGCAACUGGGAAAUGAUGUACUCAAUUUAUUUGUUGAAAGCGAGGGCAAAAUGAUCAUGCAAGACAAACUGGAGAAGGAGCGGAAUGAUGCCAAGAACAGUGUGGAGGAGUAUGUUUAUGACAUGAGGGAUAAGCUAAGUGGACUGCUGGAGAAAUUUGUUUGUGAUGAGGACCGAGACUCUUUUACCUUAAAAUUGGAAGACACUGAGAACUGGUUGUAUGAGGAUGGAGAGGAUCAGCCUAAGCAAGUUUAUAUUGACAAGUUAGCUGAACUAAAGACACUUGGGCAGCCAAUCCUAGAAAGAUAUCAUGAAGCUGAAGAAAGACCAAAGGCUUUUGAUGAUCUAGGAAAACACAUUCAACAGUAUUUGAAAGUGGUUGACAGUUUCAAAAACAAGGAUGAACAGUACUUGCAUCUGGAUGCAGCUGAAAUGGAUAAAGUUGAAAGGUUUGUGAUGGAGGCAAUGGAGUGGAUGAACUCUAAAAUGAACCAGCAAAAUAAUUCAAGUUUAACAGUUGACCCAGUAAUCACAGUAAAAGAAAUUCAAGCUAAAACAAAGGAACUCUAUUCUGCUUGCAAUUCUGUAGUUUCUAAACCAAAACCAAAAGUUGAGCCGCCAAAAGAAGAACAGAAAGAAACUGAACAUAAUGGACCUGUCAAUGGCCAGGAAAGCACAGAGAACCCUCCAGCAGAAGCACCCUGCAAUGAAAAAGAGAAAGCACCAGACCAAGCAAGUCAAACCUCUACAGAAAGCAAAUUGCCCGAAAUGGAUAUUGACUAAGCACAUCAUCCAGUGUGUGGAGCAACUUUUUAUUGUUUGGUAUAGUUUGGAUGAGUCUCCUAGUUUGUAAUAGACUGCCACAGUGGUAUGGCUUUAAGUUAUUUGCAGUUAUUUCUCUGGUUUUUAUGGUCUUUACCUCAUCAGGCCUUUUUGAUUGAUUGGUUAUUGAAAAUCUUAAAUACCUUUAUUUCUUCAUCACCUAAAAUACCUGGAAUAGAAACUGUUGGAUCUUAUAAUUUCCUUAAAGAAAAUGUAUUAUUAGAGACUCUCUGGACUGACAAAUCAGUAUUGUUGGCUUUGGAGUCAUUUCAGCUUGAUUGAAAAGGUAAAUAAACAAAGUUAUUGAUAUUUGUAGGAUGCAUUCAGUUUAAUUUUUGGGUUAGUAAGGACAAGCAGUUACAUGACCUUUCAAGGUUCUGUGUGGCACAUACUCAUUUUUAUGCAAACUGUAUUCCCCAGAGGUAGUAAAUUGUUUGUGAAGCGAAGGGGCUGGAUGUUGUUUUUAUAAGCCACCUCUUAAUGUAGUUACAGUGUGGUAACCACUCCUCCCUAAGUGUGCAUUUUUUAGGUGAAAAGAAUGCAUUUACAGUUUGUUUAAAUUGGUAAAGGGAGAACGCUGCUUCAAAGUCCCACUGUUUACCUGUGCCGAGGGUACAUUUAUGUAUGUGAAAUGUACAUUAUUUGGAGACUAGUUCAAUUUCUCAGACCAAACACAAAAUUUUGACAUCUCACCCAGGAUGAGAGCGUACUCUUUCUGUAGAAAUAUUAGCUGUAUUCUUUAAUGUGACAAAAUAUUUGAAUGAAAGAUAAGAGAUGUUACAAGUGAGGUUUUUUUUUUCUUUUUCAUGGAAUUUUCAAGUUUGCUACUAUAACUGUAAUCAUGCUUUGUAUAUCACUAAAAGCAAAUUAUCAUUAAAAUUCAAUCUACAUCGGUAAA